UAAUGGGAUAUAAGUCAUGAUCGCCACAGCAGCUCGGACAGCACCAAAGCUGAGAGGAGCGUCACCGAUUACCAUGACAGAAUACGCUGGUCUAUCGUCUUCCACAAGGAACAGUACUACAAAGGCAAAAUCUGGUCUAGCACUGCUCAGACCAUGAACUGCAUCACCAAUCACGGCCGGAGGUGCAGCAUCAACACCGCCGGCCACAAUUAUCAUCCACCUGGUCCUAACAGCCAUGAUUAUACCUGCACCUGCUGUGGUUGCGCAGUGCCGAAUCGACCAGUCUGUCAUGGUCCACAUCGAUCAUGUGGCGACAUGGCAUCAUGCGGCUGUGGAGGCACGCGAGACAUGUAUCGCUGUGGCGGAAGACAUGACGGGAACCCUUGUACGAGCCAAUGGAACAACGGUGGCGCCACCUGUAUCGUGGCAGUGAAUGCCUCUCCUCCCCCGCGCGGCGAGAACGUGCAGGACCACAUCACCGAACGACAUCAACAAGUCCACCACAGCUACCACCACCACGGCAACAACGCCAUCGAUGUAGAUGCAGCACGAUACUACAACUCAGCAUACCACGCACAACACCUCUGCCACAACUGCGGAUGUCGUUACAACGUGUCGGCCAGCGGCAUCGUCCCGCUCCUGCCACCAUUCCUUCCACCAGCACCGUUAGAACCGCGAUAUUUCCAUUCAUACGCCACCAGUCUUCCUCCUCGGCUCUCGUCCCGGCACCGCACCACCACGACUACCACCACCACCACUACCGACACAGAACCUGUCCCAGUAUUGCCGACGACAAUGACGUUCCCCGCCCCGCCGAACAUGCAGCACACCUGCUGCCCAGCAUGCGGUGUGCCGAACUACCAUCCCGGCGAGACCGGAGGUGGCUGCGUCAGAGGAGGGGGAGGGGGAGGAGGCAGGGCCUGCGGUUUUGGGGGAUAUCGUCACAUCGCCGUGCCGCGAAACACGGCAAGAAUCGUGGAGAUUGAGCAUACGUCGCCGGACGCCUGACUGCUCGGCGUAUAUAGUCCAGCGUCUCCUUACUCUUUUGGUUGGUGGCGAUUGGGAAGUUCAGGGGAUGGUUCCAUAUCCAUGGACACUUGAGCGGAUCUCGUGACGCGGCUUGUCAUUCUAAUCGUGUAGCUAGACCCAUCAAGAUGGAUAUAGAUCUAGAUGUAAGCCACCGGGCUAAAAUAGUGCCUUGCAUAUCCACAAAUGCAGUACAGA